AUGAUUAGCUUCAAAUGUCCUUCUCCUUUCUUCGUCUCCGGCCUAAACCGAACCACCACUUCUUGCUCGACAGCUCCGCCUCGUGCAUCUGCUUCUCCUUCAACACUCAUCACUCGCCGUCUCAUCCUUCUCCGCCACGCUCACAGUUCCUGGGACCAUCUUUCCCUCAAAGAUCAUGAUCGUCCUCUAACAAAGACCGGACAAGCCGAUGCUGCUAAAGUUGCUCAAAUCCUCUCCUCACUUGGUUGGCUUCCCCAACUCAUUCUCUCUAGCGACGCGACUCGGACUAGGGAGACACUGAAGUCAAUGCAAGCCCAAGUUGAUGGCUUUAUGGAAGCUAAUGUACAUUUCAUCCCAAGCUUUUACUCCAUUGCUGCCAUGGACGGUCAAACAGCUGAGCAUCUUCAGCAGAUUAUCUCCAAAUACUCAUCCCCUGACAUCACCACUGUCAUGUGUAUGGGGCAUAAUAAGGGAUGGGAAGAAGCAGCCUCCAUGCUCUCUGGUGCUUCUGUUAAGUUGAAAACUUGCAAUGCUGCUUUGCUUCUUGCUUUUGGCAACUCCUGGGAAGAUGCUUUCGCUCUGGCUGGACCUGGUGGAUGGAAACUUGAGGGUAUAGUGGCUCCAGAUAGUAGCAUUUGUGUCUAA